AUGGGAGCGGACAUCAGGACAGUGGUCCUUGUGUUUGGGAUCUCCAUUUUCAACUUUUGCAAUCGCAAAGUCUGUUUUCAAGCCGGGAAGAAGGUGUGUUUGAGUCUGGUGGUUUCUGUCUGCUCCUGCACAUGUAAACCUCUCCAUAAUGACAUCCAGAGUGACUAUGGUGAGGAAUUCUACUCUCAGCUGUCAGAGCAGGACCUUCUGGAGGAGGAAGACACUGACGCCAGGAUGGCGAACCUCCUGGGAAGCAUGAAGGAGAGCUUUUUAAGGAAACUCAACCUGUCGGAUGUUCCUCAGGAGCAAAGCAAGAUCUACCCUCCUCAGUUCAUGAUGGAGCUCUACAAUAAGUACGCUUCUGACAGCUCAAUCCCUCAGUCUGAUGUCAUACGAAGCUUCACUGUGCAAGAUAUCACUCUCUCUGUGACAAAUGGCACAAAGUCCAAACACAGGCUGCAGUUCAACAUCAGCAUUCCCAACCACGAAAAGAUCACUACUGCUGAACUACAGCUGUUCUUCACCCCGGAGCCCAGGUCAACGGUCAACUCAAACAGUUUCAGGACCACAGUGAAAGUCUAUGAAGUGGAUUACAACAAUUUCACAUCCACAAACCAACUACUGGUGGGCAAAGAGGUGAAAGGCUCGCAGGGCACAUGGGAGACCUUUGAUGUUACUACAGCCAUUCAGAGCUGGAUCAAGUUUGGCCAUGGAGCAACCGUUUUUGAUGUAGUGGUUGAUAGGAAGGACUGCAAAACUCCUAGAAGUGGAGAGGAAGGAGUACGCUGCAUCAAUAUGAGCACCUCUGUCGGAGAUAACACUUCAGCUGCUUUGAUAGUCUUCUCUGACGACCUGGGCAGCAGGAGAAGGGAGAAGAAGAAGGAGUUAAGAGAGAUGAUUCUCCAUGAAGAAGAGACCAUCUUUCACUCGGGAGCUGACUGGAACAUAGGAGAUCAACUUUCAAACGAGAUCCCUGAAGCGGAACAUCCGCGGAGAAAGAAAAGAAAGGCCGAGAGGCAAUACUGCCAGCGGACCUCGCUCAAGGUCAACUUCAAAGACAUCGGAUGGGACAGCUGGAUUGUUGCGCCUCCAGAAUAUGACGCCUACGAAUGUCGAGGCCUGUGCUACCACCCGCUGACGGACGAAUCGACCCCAUCGAAACACGCCCUCAUCCAGACGCUGAUCAACAUCAGGGACCCCAAAAAGGCCAACAUGGCUUGCUGCGUCCCAAUCAAACUGGACCCCAUCACAGUGAUGUAUAAGGAGAAUGGACGCCUCACUAUAAGAUAUCUUUACGAAGAGAUGAGGGUGGCAGAGUGUGGUUGCAGGUAGUCAGUGAGAGUUGGUUUCCUGAUGCGACUUAAACGGUUUCAUUCAUGUCACUCGCAUGUCCCUCCUUGGAUCCAGUUAAAGGAACAAGGUCCACAAAGAAACAUGAACACCAGCUACUACUUAGGUCCUAGGUCAAUAAGAAAAAUUAAAUAUUACCCCCUUUGCCACCACAUGUAAGCCUAUUACACCAUGAUAAUCGAAAAAGUCUACAGUCAUGCCAACAGCUCUGUGACAGAGAUAAUUAGUGUUAUUACCAGAAUGACAAAAACAUGUUUAUAAUAGUCUAUUUAUGACAUUGAAUUUGACCUGUCAACAUGUUAACGCCAAGUGUUGGCAUGUUAGCAUUAAGCUAAACAGUAUCAUCUACACACAAACAGUGUUAAGCUAUUAAAAAACCUACUGAUCAUAUUCAUUAUCUUAUCCAAAUGUGUUAGCACUUAAGCUAGCCUGAAACACAUGUACGUUUGUUAGUUUUGAGCUUCAUGAUUUGAUGAGCAUGCUCACAAUGAUAAUAAAUCAUGAUCAAUGAUAUUUUGCAGGUAUAAUAAAGGUCUAUGUUCAUGACCUCUUCCGUGUUAGCGAGUUUUCUGACACCCUGACAAGGUUGUUAGCAUCUUAUUUUUGAGCUACUUGGUGUCCUUGCCAUGCACACAUGAUAAUGAAAACAUGCUGCAAUUUUUUACAGGUAAAAUGGUAAUCAUUAUCUUUUAUCUUAUGUAAGUGUGUUAACAUGUUAGCAUUAGCUAAUCAUUUCUAAAAAAAAAAUAGUAUGGAAAUAUCUUUAGCUUUGCAGGAUAUUAGACAAGAUGCAAAGAUUAUCAGUCUGAUGAUUUGGGCUGGAUGAGAAGCUGCUCCAAAGGCAAAGGUGUUCUUCUCUGUGUACAAAUCUUAAUGGCUGACUGGUUACAUAUUACAGACCAAGGUGAUGGACAAAUGACAUAGCCAUUCUCUUGAGUUAUGCCCCUUGUAUGGGGAAGGAGAUCAUAAAGGUCAUGCAAUGCUACAAUAAUAAUGUAAUCUUUUUUUUUGUUCGCAUUUUAACAUUACUCAGCAGAAAACUAAAGGACAUAGACGUCUUUUAACUGUUUAUUUAAUACAUGUACAUACAUCUUGGUCCAAUGUGCUUCAAUAAAACAAAUUAAUUAUAUUAUUAAAGGGCAAAUAAUGUAAAAGUGAACUUAAAUAUGUAAAAAGUAAAGUGAAAAUAAAUGUGUAAAGUCAAAAAUUGGUCUAUGGUCUUAUUUUAUUACUAGUACAACAAAUCAACAAUACUUUUUUUCUGAAAGAAUUCAAAAGUAUUUCUAAAACUGUCCAUAGUGAUGAAGCUAAUUGACGACAGUAAGAUAACAUGUAAUCCCAUCUGUUCAUCUGCUAAUAACAGGAAUACUGUAUAAUGUGAAUAAUCAGGAUUCAUACAUUUACUUGUUCAGCUUACAUCACUUGUUAAAUUGUGUUUGUUACCUCCACUACAAGCAAUUCUUAAAGUGGCAUUUCAUACAAUUGUUACAUUAUAUAAAGUUCAUACUUUUCUAAAUAAGGUAAAUGAGAAUUUGAUGGACUCAAUCUGCCAAAUCUGUAAUAAAGCUUCUAACCCUCGUUCCUAUCUCUUUUAACUUCAGGUGCUGACUGUAGGCUACUAAAAGGUAUAAAACACUGAUAAAACAUCAUGGACUAGUUUGCAGUGUUAGUUGUUGAUUGCAAGAAAAAGCCUUUUUCACAGCAGUGAAAAAUAAUUAUAUCUCUAAAUACACCAAACAGAAGCCUGCAUCCCAACUACACCUAUAAACCGAUAUGACAUGGGGUGUGACAGCUCCAAGAUGCAGCCAGGGGGCGUCAUUUCUUAGAGGACCAUCAUCCUUUGCAGAGUGGCAGGAUUAAAAGCAGCAAAAUCAUACCAGUGAACUGUUGACAAGGAAUGGAUUUACAAUUGCAGCACAGUACCAAUCACACCCAUGACACGGUGUUGAAAGCAAUAUAAAGUAACUUUACUUUCACAUUAAAAUUUUAGUUUGCUUGUUUGAGGAAAUGUUUGAGGAAAUGAAAGAUGUUUGUAU